AUGCACCACCUAGAUAGCGGGAAAGGCACGACAGCCCGCCACCUUCAAAUUGCUGCAGCUGCAGGGAGCUUCCUCUCAUUUCAACGCCGCUCUGCAAAUGUGCGCUUGUACGCGUAUCCACGAGUGAAACAGCAAUCUUCUCAGAGAGAGGAAAACGUCACAAUCCGCAUUCGCUUUUCAUCCUUCCCCCGUUAUCACCACCAAGACGGCUCUUGCGAACGCUACGAGGACACGGUCGAUCGUUCCAUUGACGACAUGAGCUUCACACCGCGUUACGGAUCCUCCGUGACAAGGGAUUAUAGCCUACUCCAAGGCCAUCCGAGUUCUUAUCAGCACUUUGGCGCGCUCUCGGCGAGCCAGCCUCGCCAUGCACACAGCUCGCUCGCGGCUCGAGCCGACGCAGAAGGCGACCAGCAUCACGACGACAACGAGGCACUCGCUUCCGCCUCGGCAUCGUCCAUACACACGGACGAUGCCACCGACAACGGAGCCAGCAGCAUCUCCCUGCCACUCAACCACCAUGCCGCAGCCACCUCGCCCGUCUUUGGACGCAGCAAUCGACUCGCAAUCACUCCGCUUACAUCGACUCGCAAUCGCCGAUCGAGUGUUAACGCAUACCCACAAGUGGCCGGCAUCCCGUCCGAGUAUCUGCUUGGUGGUACUGCCGUUGCACCACCUACGCAUCAGCCUGCAUCUUCCUCCAACAUCUCGCUCGGAGCACCCGCGGCGACCACCUCUGCCGAUUCCUUACAAAAGCCAGUCGGAGCCUCUCACGACAGUGCUGAAGAGGAGGCCACAGAGUCGACAUCCUUGCUUGGCGGGCGCCCCUUGCCACAAGCAGAUGCGCAGAGCUCUCACGCGGCGGCGACGUAUGGUGCAGUGCGUCGUUCGUCCUUCGACGGAGCCAGUAUCCCGGGUGUAGAUGGCGCGGCAGGUGUCAGCGGCUGGGCUGCUGCCAACUUGAUAAGAGAAGCUCCUCUCCCUGGUGUCGAGCAGAUCGAAUCGAUUGCACGCGAACCUCACGACCAUAUUGCAUGGAGGGAGGCCCGUGUGCUGGUCGGCUACACGAUACCGAUCUUUGCCACUCACCUGCUCGAGCUCUCGCUUUCUGUAGCAUCGGUAUUCUCGCUCGGUCAUCUUGGUACGGUCCAGCUCGCCGCUGCCUCGCUCUCCAGCAUGACCGCCAACGUCUCUGGCUUCAGCGUCCUGUCCGGCUUCAUCUCGGCAUUGGACACGCUCCUUCCAUCAGCCUACACUCAGCAGCCUAAGUCGGUCGGUCUAUGGACCCAGCGCAUGGGUGUCAUCCUCAUGGCCAUUCUGCCUCUCAUCUUUGCCGUUUGGCUCAACGCCGAACCCAUCCUCGUGCGGAUCGGCCAAGAUCCUGAAGUCGCCUACCUUGCAGGUCGUUACCUCUCCGUCCUUGCUUUCGGUCUGCCUGGCUAUGCCCUCUUCGAAGUCUGUCGCAGGUACCUUCAGGCGCAGGGUCUGAUGCACGCCCCCACCAUCGUCCUCAUGUUUGUCUCACCUCUCAACGCUAUCGCCAACUAUCUGCUCGUCUGGGGCCCUGAGUCGAUUCGACUCGGCUUUAUCGGUGCUCCCCUCGCCUCGGCGCUUUCCAUGUGGCUCAUGGCCAUCCUCUGCUUCUUGCAGUGCGUUGUCGCUCCUCGUGACGCCUGGGAUGGAUUCACCACCGCAGCUUUCAAGUGGGACGGCAUCAAACCAGUCUUGUCGCUCGGUUUCGCAGGUAUGGUCAGCUUGGCCGCUGAAUGGUGGGCCUGGGAGAUUGUCGGCUUGGUCACCAGUCAGCUCGGCGUCGUUGCGCUUGCUGCGCAGUCGGUGUUGCUUGUUAGCUCGUCUGUCACCUAUCAGCUUCCCUUCGGCGCGUCGGUCGCUACCGCCGUGCGUGUCGGUAACCUUUUGGGUGCCAAUCGACCAGACGAAGCCAGAAUCUCGAGUCGAGUCAGUCUGAUUCUGUCGCUUGCCAUGGGUGGGCUGAACUCGGCCCUCUUCCUCAUCUUCCGUAAGCAGUGGGGCUGGCUUUUCAGCUCAGACAUCGAAGUCAUCAAGCUGGUCGAAUACAUUCUUCCUCUGCUGGCCUUCUUCCAGGUCGCCGACGGAAUCUGCGGUAUCGCGGGCGGCGUCCUUCGUGGAACUGGCAGGCAAGCCGCUGGUGCCGGCAUCAACAUGGUUUCGUACUAUGUCAUCGGCAUUCCCGUUGGUCUCGUUCUUACCUUCACCAGCAUCAAUCUCGGAUUGGCAGGUCUCUGGUGGGGUCUGACUAUCGCGCUCCUUUUCGGCUCCGCCGGCAUGAUCUGGCUGAUCAGCAUCACCGACUGGGAGUGGGAGGUGAAGAAGGUGCAGCUACGCAUGGCUGUCGACGAUCCUUCCGACCCCUCUCAUCCUGCCGGUGCGGCGCCAUCGGCACACGGCGCUGCCAAAUCCGACGUCGAGGCCUUGUCGGGACCUCGCCUCGCCCAGACCUCUUCCGCCGUGGACGCUAUUAACGGUCGGGACCCAACCUUCAGCCCUCUCGGUAUGCGUCCCUCUUCUUUGGCCGGUUCGGUCAUCGAAGAGGAGGAGAACGAACUGUCCAUCUGA